GCGUCCAUAGAACCGUAUCAUGAUCAUCAUUUCGCGGACGCGAUGGCUAAUCUGCCUUUCGUGAGAUGACUGCCUCGCAAGAUGAGAUCGAGCAGUUUGUCGUAGACAACCACAUCGACGAGAGAGCGGCGGGGCUGCUGCGGAGCGCCCCCGACUACGUGCGGCGCUUGGUGCUGGAGCAGGGCUCCCUGGUGGGCUGCCGGGACCCCUCCGCCAGCUGCGUGGGGCGCAUCCGAAAGGCGCAGCCUCCCGGCGCGCACCCCGAUGUGGAGCAGUUUGUCAGUGAGAAUAACCUCCAGCCGCGGGCGGCCAACGCGCUGCGGGCGGCGUCCACGCAAGCUCAGCAGUACGUCCUGGACCAGGGCAGCCUGCAGACUUGCCGAGAUCCCAAUGCCGGCUGCAUGGGUCGCUUAAAGCGUGCUCAGGCUGGCGAGUCCGCUCCUCCUCUUCUAUUCAUUCCGCCAAGCAGAGAUGAAGUGGAGGCUUUCAUUGAAGCCAAUGAGCUCAACGAGAGAGCGGCGGAUGCGCUGCGAGGUGCGCCGCCUGCCGUUCAACGGCAAGUGAUUGACCAGGGCAGCCUCCUCAGCUGCAGGGAGCCGAGUGCCGGAUGCAUUGGGCGCAUCGGAAAAGCUCACAAGCAGCUGGAUCCUGCUCUUCUUGCCAUACCCCACACUCAAGGGCCAUCCGCCGAAGAAGUGGAAGAAUUCAUUCUAGAGAACGGCUUGGAUGACCGCGCCGCUGUGGCUUUGAGGAGCGCAGUGCAGUGGGUGCAGCGGCAGGUCUUGGACCAGGGCAGCCUGCGAAGCUGCAGAGAUCCAAACGCUGGACUUAUGGGUCGCCUCAACCGGGCGCAAAUUGCACCACAGCAGUUGCAAGCCCUCAUGCCGGCAGCCAACACGCCGGCAGUCCACACACCCUGCCUGCCUGCAAGCUCUGCUGCAGAGGUCGAAGCGUUCAUUUGGGAAAACGGCCUGAAUGAACGAGCGGCCGAUGCCCUGCGCAGUGUCGGCCCUGCAGUUCAGCGAAAGGUGUUGGAGCAAGGGAGCCUGCAAGGCACGCGUGAGCCCAGUGCGGCUUGCAUCGGCCGUAUUGGGAAGCUGCAGAAGUCCUCGGCCGAGCCGGGCCGCUGGCAGGAGCCCUUCCGUGGAGCGGAGAAUGAAGUGGAACAGUUCAUUCUGGACAAUGCACUUGACCAGAGUUCUUCUGCCAUCCUUCGUUCUUGUUCUCCGGAUGUGCAACAACUAGUCCUGGAGCAGGGAAGCCUGGCCAGCUGCCGAGAGCCCAGCGCGGGCUGCGUUGGCCGCAUCCGCAGGGCUGAGGCAGCACUGGGCCGAGCACCUGCCGGACACUUUGUCCAGAGCCCACCUUCUGGUCACUUGAUGGGCGGUGGUAGCGGCCACGAAGCCUGGCCAGACGUUGAAACCUUCAUCGUGCAGAAUCAACUCAAUGAACGAGCUGCCGACGCACUGCGAGAAGUGGACCCCGAGAUUCAGAUGCAGGUCAUCUCACAGGGGAGCCUGGCCAGCUGCCGCGAGCCCAGUGCAGGAUGCAUUGGUCGCAUCGCCAAAGCUCAAUCGGUCCAGAAGUUUGCACCCACGCAGGUUCCCAGGAUGCCGAUCACCUCGGUUCAAGAGGUCCAGCUCAAUCAUGAAGCUGUUGAGCAGUUCAUAGUGGAGAAUGGACUCAACGAGCGCGCUGCGGAUGCGCUGCGCACUGUGCCUCCCUUUGUCCAAGAGCAGGUCUUGGAACAGGGCCCGCUCCAGGGCUGCAGAGAGCCCAGUGCCAGCUGCAUCGGCCGCAUUGCCAAGGCGCAGAGGGGAACUGUGGUGGGUCAGAGCUUCCAUGCGCCCACGGCGGAUGAGCUCACAGCCUUUGUGCAGGAGAACGUCCUGAGUGAGCGCGCAUCUGCUGCACUGAAUGAGGCGCUGCCUAUCAUCCAGCGGGCUGUCCUAGACCAGGGCAGCUUACGCGGAUGCCGAGAGCCGAGCGCUGGCUGCAUGGGCCGCAUCAAGAAGGCCUGCUAUGAGGGACGGAACGCUGCAAGCAGAUGUCCAGAGCAGCAUGAGAGGCACAAAGCGGCCCUAUGAGGCCUGGCAAGCGAGCCAAGGUCGAAACUUACGAGCGGAGGUCGAGCGAUUUGUGGCGGAGCACUCCCUUAGCGAGCGGGCCGCCAGCAUCCUGCGGGAGGAGCAGCCCGAGGUUCAAGACAUGGUGCUGCAAGGUGGCAGCCUCCAUGGAACCCGCGACAUGUCUGCCUCAUGCGUGGGCCGAAUCCGCAAAGCCCAGCAGGAGUUGUCCGACAGGCCGGCGAAGUGGAGCCGAGGCUCGCUGUCCGAGGCGGUUCGUAUGGUGGGCAGCAGCAUGGCCAGAGGAGGCUUCGGGCAACAGUGGGGCUGAGAGCCAAGCUAGAUAGAGUUGUAGAGCUACCGGCUGGGAAGCGGCAGGUCGCAGUAACAAAGGACAGCAGAUUCGGCAGAAGA